AUGAGAUAUGAUGAUGGAGUUUGCAUAAAUCUUGCUCAAGCCUCGAUAAAAACGCGUGAUAUUGACUAUGCGACAGUCCGUAAUUUCUUCAUCGCCUUGUUAAUCACCACCGCUCUAGUCUUACUCUUUUUUCAUAAGAAUCGCCUUUAUAUCGCAACUACACCCCCUACAAAUUCCACUGCUUGGGUUGGAGGUCAGGAAAGAUAUCCAUUGAACAUAGUAGCGCCAGACGGUGGUGUAGAGAAUCCAGUGUUUGAAUCAAACGAGGACACUCCAAUGGACCCAGAAACAAGAGCGGAUGAAUCUCAUCGUUGA